AUGGCAGGCAUCUUGUGCUCCUUACUUCUGCUCGUACUCGUGUGGGUGUGCCAUGCCCGGGAGAUUCUUCCACCCGAGGCCUAUGAGAACCGUACGAUGUACCCGGUUGUCCCAAAGUACGAGCGUCGCCCCUUGCUAAGCAUAGGCGUUCUCAGUGAUAUUCAGUACGCUGACAAGGCGGAAAGGUCGCGACGCUAUUAUCGCCUUAGCCCCGCCAAGGUUGAGCACGCUGUGAGGGAGAUGAAUGCAAAUCGCAGUCAUCUGGACCUGGUUUUGCAUCUUGGGGAUACCGUCAACCAGAACAUUAAGGGGAAUCUCCGGGUGAUUGAUUCACUGCUGAAGAAGCUGAAGUUUCCUUUUUUUCAGGUGCUUGGGAACCAUGACUUUCUGCAGCUGGGAGAAGCACACCGUGACGAUGUCCCCCGUUUGCUGGGAAUGCCAGCACGAUACUACAGUCUUCGGGCAGGAGAGGGCGGUGCGUUCCUUCUCAUUGUGCUCGACGGAACGGAUCUCUCGGUGUUCGCAACAAUGCCCGGUACCGCCAGACGGGACGAGGCAAAUUCCAUGAUGCGUCGCUAUCGUCGUCGAAAGAACAUUCAUGCUGUCAACGGCGGUAUCGGAGCGGAGCAAAUGCGCUGGCUUCGCAUACAACUGGAAUACGCUGUUGCGCGGAAGCUGACCGUGCUUGUAUUGUGCCACUUCCCGAUGUAUCCUUACGGAAAUGUCCUCAAUCUUUGGAAUGACAUGGAGGUGGUGCAUCUGCUUUCCAAUUAUUCCUGUGUGGCCGCAGUUAUUUCGGGUCACACCCACCGCUGGGAGUAUCAGCAGCUUGUGGUGGCCCACAAGGAAGGGAACUUCAUAAUCCACUUUGUCACGUUUGGCGGUGUUGUGCAGUCUCCUUUUACGUCCUGGGGCUUCAUCGAAGCAUACGCAACGGAGCUGCACCUGCACGGUCUGAGUUUCGGUCAGACAUUUGACUAUCGUAUACGAAUCCGCAGGCUGGCAGGGGAGGCUGCGGCGUCCGAGACGGCGCGGGCUUCGGCGUCACAGCCCUUCUCUCGCCGGCGAAGUGGUGUACAAGUUAUUUCUCGCUGUGACAAUAACAAGGCGCGGCCUCAACACGCCGCACACCAACCCUUCCUUGAUAGAACUGCCGAGGGAGAUGAAGGUGUUUCCCGCUUAAUAGGUCUUGAGGUUGUUAUUCUGCUUUCUCCACUUGUCAUCAUCGCCCUUCUGUGGUUGCGGUGCUUGAAGAACCGACGGCGUCGCAGUAAAGGUGUCAGCGUCAGGUGCACUGCUACGGUGGGGUAA